GAAGUGAGAGACGGCGAGCAACAGCCACGGGUUCGCGGUACGCUCACGUUUGGUCCCGCUCGCACUCUGUGUCAGUGUCGUUAGAUUCGUCCCGCGGAGUAUUCGGCUUGAUUGCAAUUGUCAAUCGGUGAUCGAGAAAGAGGGAGAUAGAAAUAGAGAGAGAAAGAGUGCAAAGGAAAGAUAAAGAUAGGAUGCGGUACCGCGCGAGACUUCGGCGUUGCAUCCCGUGUCCGCGACUUUGUGGGGACGUUGUCGUGGCCGUGCCCGCGUCCCGCUGAGAUAUGCGCGUGCCGAUCUAUCGCUCCGCCGUGUGUGUGUGCGGGUUAACCUUAAGUAUAGCGCGAGUGCUCGCCACCGCCGCCACCACCACCAUCACCACCGCCACCGCCACCGCGCGCCAGGUAGGGUGUGAGGUGAGAAUAAAGGGAGAAAGAGAAGUCGAGGUGCGCGAGUGUGUUAGUUCGGAUAGGAGAAACGGAAACGAGAGGAAAAGAUCCUCCGUGUAUUAACGGAGGCGGACACGCAUUCACGCACGCAGGCACGCAAAGCGGGCACUCACGUCCGUCAAGAUGUCGUCGUCCGGACACAGCAGUCGCACUCGCGCCGUCCACAUCGGCUCGAUCUUCCAGAAGCUGCACGGCCGCUUCGCGGACGCGAUGACGCCGCCUAAGCUCUCGACUGACAAGCGUACGCUCGACAAGACCUGGAAGCUGAUGGACAAGGUGGUGAAGCUUUGCCAGCACCAGCGCAUGAACCUGAAGAACUCGCCGCCGUUUAUCCUCGACAUCCUGCCGGACACGUAUCAGCGACUGCGGCUCAUCUACAGCAAGUACGAGGACCGCAUGCAGGUGCUGCACAGCAACGAGCACUUCUGCGUGUUCAUCAACAACCUGAUGCGUAAGUGCAAGCAGGCCAUCAAGCUGUUCAAGGAGGGCAAGGAGAAGAUGUUUGACGAGACGUCCCAUUAUCGUCGUAACCUCACCAAACUCAGCCUCGUGUUCAGCCACAUGCUGUCCGAGCUGAAGGCCAUAUUUCCCAACGGAGUAUUCGCCGGCGAUCAGUUUCGCAUCACCAAGGCGGACGCGGCUGAAUUUUGGAAAGAGCGCUUCGGGAACAGUACGUUGGUAUCGUGGAAGAUGUUCAGACACGAGUUGAAUCAGGUUCAUCCGAUCAGCUCAGGACUGCAAGCAAUGGCACUGAAAUCCACGAUAGAUCUGACGUGCAACGAUUACAUCUCCAACUUUGAAUUCGACGUAUUCACAAGGUUGUUUCAACCGUGGUCGACCCUCCUGCGCAACUGGAAAAUUCUGGCUGUGACGCACCCUGGCUACGUGGCUUUCCUCACGUACGACGAGGUGAAGGCGCGUUUGCAAAAAUAUUGCAUUACCAAACCUGGGAGCUACGUAUUUCGGUUAAGUUGCACGAGGCUAGGACAAUGGGCAAUCGGUUACGUCACGUCUGACGGUGAUAUUCUACAAACUAUACCGCAUAACAAGAGUCUAUGUCAGGCGUUACUGGACGGCUACCGGGAAGGCUUCUAUUUAUACCCGGAUGGUCGAAAUAUAAAUCCAGACUUGACAUGGGCGGUGCAGCCAACGCCGGAGGAACACAUCAAAGUGACGGCGGAACAAUACGAAUUAUACUGCGAGAUGGGUAGCACAUUCCAACUGUGUAAGAUCUGCGCCGAACAUGAUAAGGACGUAAGGAUAGAACCUUGCGGCCAUCUUCUCUGCACUCCGUGCCUUACAGCUUGGCAGGUAGAUUCCGAAGGACAAGGUUGUCCGUUUUGUCGAGCUGAGAUUAAGGGCACCGAGCAGAUCGUCGUAGAUCCGUUCGACCCGCGAAGAACCCACAGACCCGGAGCGCAUUCGGCGUCUGCUAGUAAUGCAUCGACCCCCACGCGGGAUCUCGACCCUGACACCGAGGACAUAAUGGAACUCUGCAACGGUAACUGCGGUCUCAUGUGCGAUGACUCGGACGAGGAAGAUGAUUCUAGUCCCACGAAUUCACCGGUUCCGCCACGGAGGAUCGUUCCAAGUCCGCCGUUGCCACCUAGGAGACCCUCACCGUCGCCUACACCGAACAAUCAUCUUAGAAACGGACGUCACUUGACGGUACCGAAAGAAAAUGCUCCACCUCCACCGUCAGCAGUCACAGUGAUACUGAAUUACACCGACAACACUCAGCAGAAUAACAAAGUGCUUGCAGUUAAUACGGAGGCGAGAUACGAUAUGUUGCAUCGUGCGUCCUCACCGUCGUCGGUGCCGCCGAUACCACCUGUGCCAGCGGUAGUGAGGGCUCACCCACGGCGAUCUCAUGGAAAUCACACGGGGGGUACGUCGCAACGACAACCGCAACCACCGCCGACGUUGCCGGAGAAAGCGUGUCGUGUCAGCGCGACUAGCUCAACGACGAGUCAAACCGGAGGUCCAAGUAAUAACGUACCCCCCGUACCGCCACCUUUGUCAGCGCCACGACCGCCGAAGGCUACCAAGGAGAGUGGCACCCGUCAAGAUCACCAUUACGAGAAUACGAUCGUAAUCUGCGGCACGAGCCAACACGUCGUGAAGAAUAUCAACCUGGAGGCGAACCGCGCACGUCUCACGGCACUGAUGAGGACGAAAGAUGAUCCGGGUGGCGGUGGUUACGGCGGCGGCGGCGGUGGCGGUGGUGGACCGGUGACCAAGUCAGAAUCGGCGGCAUACGAGAACGUUAACGUUGAGCACAUCACGAGGCUGACGGCGCUCGGUUUCGCGCAGGAUGCUGUGAUCAGGGCGCUCGGCAUCACCAGAAACGAUCUCGAGAUGGCAUGUGAUAUAUUGCACGAGUUUGCCACGAAAUCUUCUUGACCAGGGCCGAACACUGAGGUCUCAUGACCGACCUUACCUGCCAGACGGUACUUUUGACAGGGAACACGCGCAAACUCCUGCAAGUCCCACCUUUGAUGCGUUCGCAGAUACAUCGCGUGUCUUCGCCGAGCGUCUCCUUACGUUAGUGCGAUAUCGCCGGUGUUCCAUUUUACGUCUGAAAACAAGUGAAUGAGACACGCUCGCGAGCGGAUAGUGAGUGUUAUCAACGGGAGAAUCGAGAAGAAAUUUCGAGCCUUCGAAUCAUCUUUGAGAAAAUGUCCAUCGAGCGUGUCAUCGUCAUCGUAUUUGUUUCUCCGAUUCUUCCUUGUCGCCGGACAACUUCGGACGAUACAUCUUCAACGAGAUUACCCGGACGUUCCCGACGUUUUUCCACGACACGAAAAGAUUAUUUGCACUACAUAAUUUUGCGCGCACGCGGCGCGCAAACGGCAGAUUGUAAAUAAGGGCGACGACCGACCAAAGACAACUUGCGGCUGCCGAAGUAUCCCUUCCUGAACCAUAACGUAACACGAGCAGAACUCUGCGUCUCCCGUACUUUUCUCUAUAGUAUCUUCAUUGAGCGUAGCUAUUACUUCGUUCCUUCUCGAUAUACUUAAGGUUCAAGAUUACUUGUAUAUUUGCGCAAAAAGAACUCGUUUGUACGUAUGUACGUAUGUACGUCUGGAAGCGUUCCUCGAAAGUCUUCGGUCGUUCGUUUUCCAUUAUACAUUUUGUAUUAUACAGCGUAUCUCACGACACACAACAAACGCACGAUCCGACAUCGCGUUGUUCCGGGAUCGAAACUGUUUAGAAAUUACACAUUCAAUCGAAGGCAAUACAAUGUUCUAUCCAUUUAAUUGACGUAACGAGCAUCCGUUUAUCCUACAUAGAGCAUCGAUUCGCUAGAAACUUCGCUAUAUAUAAAUGUAUAAUGAUAGUACUGACCGAAAGUACGUUAGAUGAAAAAUACCUGGCAUCUAAUUUUGUAACCUCUAAUCUAUACGUUCCUUCAUCAAAUUAGAUUAGUUAUAUAUAUGUAUAUCGUUAUUUAAUGUAUAUUAUGUAUAAUGUCCUCCACACAUGUUAGCGCUACGUGAUUACGCGUAUGCAUACCUCGGAGAGGAUGAAAGCGACGACAAAAUAACGAUUCAGGUUUAUAAAAUUGUUAAUCCACACUCGUGAUUUCUGAUCCUAGUUGAGAGAUUACAUUGAGGCACGAAUAGCCUUUUAGAAAAUAAUGCGCACAAGAUUUGGCACCUCUAGAUUCGAAUCUGCGCGGAGCUUUUCAUUUCUCGACUCGCACACAUGCGAGGAACAUGCGUUUACGCAAAUUUACCAUUUGUGAUAUCGAUUUAUGUUCGCAUAUGAGCACGUGGUUUUUCAUCGCGCCGAGUAUCAAUGUAAAGAA